UAUAGGAUGACUGGUACAGAUAAGAAACUUCUACAGAUUAGAAACUGUUCUUAUUGCCUUAUUUCAUAUUCUAAUCAUUUGUAACACUGUUUUUACGGUGGAGGUUUAACCGAAAUCAUACUUCGAAUCUGAUACAGCAAACUCCAAUUUUGUUUUAUUUCCUGAAGAUCUCAUGAUUUGAACCAACAGUGAACAAACUAGUGCAUGGCAGAUUAGGCUACUUUUAUUAUGACGACUGAAGGCCAUUCUACGCACUCUGGGAGCUUCACGGAAUCAGCUGACCAUCUGCCAAAAAAGCCUUUACAGGGAUUACAAGCAGGUAUGGAAACAGUCAGUCAGAAGGACCAAUCUUUCCAGGAAUCAUUGCAUCCCAAGAGAAAAGGCAAGCAAGGCCCCAGGUUGAAUUCUUUCUCUGUGCAUCAGCAUACAGUUAUGGCAGGGAACAUAGCAGCCUUUGAAGUACAUUCAUCAGACUUUCCAGAGCUGGGGUAUGGAAUGGCUGGCUGUCCCAUUGAUCCUCAGACAUGCAAUAGUCCAUCUGCUCCAUAUGUUACUCCUGCAGUCAACCAUUCAAAAAGCAAAGGCUUUAACAGUAAAGGAACCUAUGAUGUCACGGUUAACCAUUUGGAUUGCAAAGGAUUGCAACCAGUGCUGCAGGAAAAAGAAACUAGUCAACAGACUUCCUGGGCCAAUGUUGCGUCCCUGCCACCAAAGAAAACUUCUCUCAAUAGUCCUGCCAUGCCAAGUGGAACAACUGAGAGUUUGGAUAAAAUAUCUCAAAAUACAAAGGCAAUUUUGAAGAAGAAAAAAAAAAGGAAGAAGAUACAUCAGUUGACCUCAGAAGAUACUGACAUGGAGAAGGUUGAUGUUUUCAUACUAAAAGAACCUCCCAAAUUUGAAGAUAAAGAGGAGUUCCCUGAACUGGUUGUAUCACCUGCAUAUCUUCGCAAAGUUCGAAGAGAUUUCCAAACAAGGCCACCCAAAGAUAUGGCGCAACAUGAUGGAUUACCAUUGUCACAAAAAGAGGUCACUGCACAGCAAUUUGAAGAAAAAGUGAACACAAGACAGAAGGGACAAGGGCAGCGAGCAGAGAAACCCAGUGGCAGAAAAAGUAAGAACCCUGUGCAGUUGGAUUUGGGGAAUAUGCUUGCUGCAUUGGAGUUGAAGCAGCAGUCCCAGAAAGGGAAACCAGAGCAAAAGCCGGUUACAUUAUCAGUUGGAGGUGCGCUAUCUGCGACGCAGAGAGAACCAUCCCAUCAAAAGAAGCCAUUGUGGGUACAGGACAAGAUUGCUCACAAUCCAUUGGACUCUACUAGUCCUCUUGUGAAGAAGGGAAAACAGCGGGAAGUCCCUAAGGCAAAAAAACCAACUCCUUUAAAAAAGGUCAUUCUGAAAGAACGUGAGGAAAGAAAGAAAAAACGUUUGCUGGAAGAACAAGGUUUAUCCCCAUCUACUCUAGAAUUUCAGAACACAAGCUUGGAUGCUACAGAAAGCCUGUGUAAUGUGGAUCAACCUGAUUCUCCAGGUGAGAUCAGCAAUCUUUUUCUUGAUGGUUCUGAAGCGGAUCAACCUCAUGAAAACACCUUGAUGGAGGCCACCAUUCCACAUCAUCCUAAAAUCCAUAGUAGAAAAUUCAGAGACUACUGCAGCCAGGUCCUGAGUAAGGAUGUGGAUGAAUGUGUGACCAACCUGUUGAAGGAGCUUGUUCGCUUUCAGGAUCGCCUAUACCUGAAAGAUCCCAGGAAAGCCCGCAUUAAACGCCGGCUAGUAAUGGGUCUACGGGAAGUUCUCAAGCAUCUCAGGCUUCAUAAAGUGAAAUGUGUCAUCAUCUCACCCAACUGCGAGCGCAUUCAGUCUAAAGGUGGUCUUGAUGAGGCUCUCUACACCAUCAUCAAUACAUGCCGGGAACAAGACAUUCCCUUUGUUUUUGCCCUUUCUAGGAAGGCUCUGGGUCGGUGUGUGAACAAAGCAGUUCCUGUCAGUCUUGUUGGCAUAUUCAACUAUGAUGGAGCACAGGACCUCUAUCAUAAGAUGAUUGAGCUAUCAUCUGAAGCAAGAAAGGCCUAUGAUGAUAUGGUUGCAAGCUUGGAGGAAAAAUCCCAAGACCAGCUAGCAAACAUUACUGAACCAGCCAGUAAUCCAUCGCCAGAGGAGUCCUCUGCUUCACCAUGUGCUGAGGAGCCAGCAUACAUGACACUGUGGAAGAAGAUGCUUGAAAAGGGACACAGUGACCUAUCGCUGGACAGAGAUGAGAGGUUUGCCAGUAUCAACACUGAAGAUUUAGAGCCAUUGAAUGAAAGUAUGACUACUUGUUUACUGCCAGACACCAGAUAAACUAGCUGUAAAAACUAUGAUGAACCUUGUGUGCCUCAGAAUGUUUGAAUAAUGCAGAUAAUAUGAUUUAGUAACCAAAAUACACACUCAGACAUAAGUAGAUGUGAAAGCACUGCAUUCAUGAGAGACUGUGAUUAUUGUAAAGAAUUUAAUGUGUUUAUAUUUAGAUUGUAAAUCUGUUAAAAGUGUAAUAAAGUACAAGGAAUACCUUGAAGAUCGCCUUGACAUUUUAGAUAAUGUAUAGAGAAAUGGGAAUGCUGUGAAGUCUUUUUACUGUAUCCCAUUCAACUGGGACAUACAGUAUUGCAAGUCUUUUUAGAAAGCAGAUUGGGCCAUGUUUAAUAUACAAGUAGAUCUAAAAAAUAAUAAUAUUGUGGAAGAUUGAAACUUUCAUAUUUCAAACCUCUUUUUUCCAGUAUCUCUAAAUAUUAAUAUAAAGAAUGUAUAUUUAUCUUUAUUAAUAAUCAGGAUUAAAAAACAAAAUAACUUUUUUACAAUAUUUUAAUUUCUUGAGAUGCACUUGUAACAUUUAACAUUUCAUCUCAUUAUUUAAAAAAAUUCAGCCUGAGAAAGUAUUGGCCAAUGACCACCAUCAUUCCCUUAAUAAGUUAUUCAAUCAGUUCCUAUCAAGAUUAUCUCUCUUUAAAUGUACCAUAUUGUGUAUAAUAGACAUUUUUUUCCACAUUUUUAAAAUCUAGAUUUUAUGCACCCCCUUCUUCAAGCGAAGUAUAUGGCUAUAUGAUUACUUUCUAGACUAAGAUUUGCAGUGAAUGAAUAACCAUGAUUCUGUAAAAGUGAUUUACAUGCAAUCUGACUAUAACCUUGUUUACAUGGAAAUUUGUUUUUUGUCAUUCCGAUUAUAAACUGUUCCGAUUAAAAAAUGUGUGGCGUCUGAAGUAGGCCCUACAUUAAUCCGAA